UCUCUCUCCCUCUCUCUCUUCCGUGGAUCUAUCUAUCUAUCUAUCCUCAGAAGAGAAGUAGAGAACGAUAACCCUCUCACCUCUCUUUGUUUCUCUCCCUCUCUUUCCCUCAUUUGGUCGUCGUCUCUGAUCCGGUGAUGUUACAUUUCCGGCUAGAUCUGGCACGGAGAACCUUGCCGGAGAAGUGCUUUGCCUCUCUCUCCUCGGCGUUCGCUUCGUAUAACUAGGGCUAGGGUUUGCAGUCUGAAUUAGGUUUCAUUUGUAUUACUGGUUUAACCUGAAGAGUAGAUCAGAUCUGAUCUGUACUGGUCGUAUAAGCUGAUCCGUGCCUCCGACUUCCUAUCAUUGUCUAUCUUCCUUUGAGGGUUUUGCGAUGGCGUCUCACCGACCGGAUCUCAACGGAAAAAUCUGGCCGGAGCCGUCCACGGCGGAGGUGGCGGAGAUCGAUCAUUUCGAUCGGUUGCCGGACUCUUUGCUUCUGAUUGUGUUCAACAAGAUCGGAGAUGUGAAGGCGUUGGGCCGCUGCUGCGUUGUGUCCCGUCGGUUCCAUGGUCUGGUUCCUCAGGUGGAUAACGUUGUUGUGAGGGUCGACUGCGUCAUCUCUGACGACGACGCUUCUUCGGGGACUGCCGCUUCUGAUAAGACGCGAGGCGUCUUCUCGAACCUUGUCCGUCUUGUUUUCGGUGGCAUCGUUAAGCCUCUCCAGGCCCUUGGUCAAUUUCUCGGCCCUAAGAAAUCUUCGUCUGCCUCGUCUCUGAACGGUGGUAGCGGUGGUGGUGGGGGAGGCGGAGGUGUUGGUGAUGACGAGGAAAUGGAAGCAGGUGGCGUUACCCACCACUCCCCGACCCAGGUGUUGAAGAACUUCAAUGAGAUCCGUCGCCUCCGAAUCGAGCUUCCUGGUGGAGAAUUAGGAAUCGAGGAUGGCGUUUUGCUUAAAUGGAGGGCAGAUUUCGGAUCCACCCUUGACACCUGCGUCAUACUCGGUGCUUCAUCUGUCCUUUCUCCGGGAACCACCAAAUCUUCAUCCGUGCAGGAAAAUGGCGUUGGUAACGAUGGCUUGUGUGUUGGAAACGGAGAUGACAAUGGGAACAUCCCUGAGUCGUUCUACACCAACGGGGGCCUAAAACUGAGAGUCGUCUGGACAAUCAGUUCUCUGAUAGCUGCAUCAGCGAGACACUACCUGCUCCAGCCGAUUAUCGCUGAGCAUCACACCUUGGAAAGCCUUGUCCUGACGGAUGCCGACGGACAGGGUGUUCUUUGUAUGAACAGAGAGCAGCUGGAGGAGCUGAGAGUGAAGCCCUUGUCUGCUUCGACAGCUUCAAGACGGACGCUGGUGCCUGCGCUGAACAUGAGACUCUGGUAUGCUCCACACUUGGAGCUGCCCAACGGGAUGGUGCUGAAGGGGGCGACGUUGGUAGCCAUUCGACCAAGUGAGCAGACUGCCGCCAAGAAAGAGAUCUCCGAUAGUUCUUGGGUUUCGACAGCAUUUGAGGAAGAGGAGCCGUAUGGAACGGCAGCGAAGCUGCUGGUGAAAAGACGGACCUAUUGUCUUGAGAUGAAUUCCUUCUGAGCGCAGCUAAAAUUGAGGUAAUUUUACCAAAUCCUCUUCUUCCCCUGGUCAUCGGGUGCAGGAUAAAGUGGUAGCGGUGAACUGUGUAUUGAAACCCAGACCCUUGACAACUGCUCCUCUUGUGGCCGAGCUGCAAUGAGUUUAUCCUCGACAAGGUCCAACUUGACAAUCACAGGGAAAUUGUAUACAGUAGAUGUAACGUUUAGUCAAUCAGAAGGCACUCUUCAAAUAUGUACUCAGCGAUGUAUAGGUUAGCUGGAAGAUAUGUGCUUCUGUAUUGCUUCCUUGCUUCUUAGUUUUGAUCUGCUUUUGUUGUUGUCUUCCCCAAGGUGCAUGUAUAUCUACUCAAAAAAGUUCCUCAUUAUGUAAUGAGAGAAGGUUUGUUCUUUCUGAAUUUACUCAUUUCCUUUAUGGGAAUUUCAGGUGGAAGUUUGAUGAUUUAAGGAAAUUUGGAUUUGGUUA